AUGAUCUUCCACGGCGACGAGAUCGAACUGUCCACAAAGCCAGUCCACGAAACCCUUCUCGAGAGAUUCGAACUGCUCGAUGAGAAGGAUCCUGACAACAUGGCCUUCGUGACUGCGCACAAUGAAACGGACUGCCUCGGAUUCAGAGAACUGCACCGGAACGUCAUAGUUCUCUCCGAGUGGUUCGUCGAGAACGGCUACAAAAAGGUACAAAACGUCUUCAUUUCUUCUCCUUUUUUCAACACAUUUCUUCCUCCAGGGCGACGUGGUACUUCUGGCUGCCACCAAUAACUGGCGCUUCUUCGCCGCUGCACUCGCCGCCUGGAGAGCCGGAUUGGUGGUGUCAGCCGCCUCCGAUCAGUUCACACCAUGUACCCUUUCCCUGAAGUUUGAUCGAUUUCUUAUCUUAUUUUUUCAGUCGAAAUGCAUUAUCAAAUUGAAGAUUCCCAGUCGAAAAUCGUGUUUGUCGAUGCGCAUACUAUUCCUGUUGUUCUGGAAGGGUCGAAAGGAAUCCAGACGAUCCGACAUGUUGUCUCGUUCUCGCCCUCUCCACCUACGAACGUUCUUUCCUUUGAAUCUUUGGCCAGUGGAAAAGUGAAAAAUCUGAAAAUGCCGGAAAUUGAUGUGGUAAACGACAUCGUCUUCCUUCCGUACUCGUCUGGAACCACUGGCAAACCGAAGGGAGUCAUGAUCUCUCAUCAGAACUUUGCAAUGAUGUUGGCUUCUAGUCUCAAGUAAGCUUCUAUUAUUCUGUUCUUUGGGCGACAUUCUUGUUCCAGAGUGUUCGGAGACAUUGCUGCCUCAUUCGGACUUCCGGAAGACUUCGUCAUCCCGCAGGAUCUGCACUUCCUCCCGAUGUACCACGCGAUGGGGAUGUUCCGAACUCUCCUCAACGCGUACCGUGGCUCCACUCAAAUUCUCUUCUCCAAAUUCGACCUCGAACUGAUGCUCCAACUUAUCGAGAGACAUUCCGUCAUGAAUCUCGCGGUCGUUCCGGCUAUCCUGGUCCGAAUGAUCAAUUCUCCUUUGCUGAGCAAGUACGACAUCAGCUCAGUUGUCAGCAUCUCAGUUGGCUCCGCCCCCCUUCCGGAAGGAGCCGUCCAGAAGUUGAAGACCAUUCUUCCCGAUGUGAGAAUCGUGCAGGGGUACGGUAUGACUGAACUCACGUUUGCCUCUCAUCUUCCUGGUCCGGGAUCUCCGGAAGGAAGUGUGGGCCGCGUGGUUCCCGGGACGUCGAUGAAAGUGUUGAAGGAGGAUGGAUCGCUGUGCAAAGUAGGUGAAGUUGGAGAAUUGUGGAUCAAAGGACCACAGAUGAUGAAGGGAUACUGGCGGAAAGAGCAUCUGAGCAAGGAAUUGAUAGACGAGGAGGGCUUCAUGAGGACUGGAGACAUUGUUUACUUCGACAAGAACGGAGACACUUUCAUUUGUGAUCGAGUCAAAGAGCUUAUCAAAGUGAACGCGAAGCAAGUGGCCCCUGCAGAACUCGAAUCGGUCCUUCUGGAGCACGAUGACGUGGCAGAUGUGUGUGUGUUUGGAGUGGAAGACGAGUUGAGCGGGGAGAGACCGGUGGCUUGUGUGGUAUCGAAAAGGAAUCGGGAUCAAGAGACUGCCAAGGCCAUCAUGCAGUACAUCAAUCGUCAGUUGCCCUCUGUGUCUGUAUAACUGUACUUAAUAUUGUGGUUUUUAGAGAAGUUGGCCCGUUACAAGCAUGUCAAAGAAGUCGAGUUCGUCGCAGAGAUCAUGAGAACUGGCACUGGGAAGAUUCUGAGAAGGAGCAUGAAGAAGAUGUUCUUGGACUCCAGAAAGUCUCGUCUCUAA